AAGAGUAGCAACCAUUGAAAGUGGCUACAUCAACGUUCAACGUUGACCGCCACCCUUCCAGUUCCCUUGCCUUCCAGUUCGCCAUGGCCACUGCUCUUCCACCUACUCCACCUUCUCCUGGCGUUGGUCUCCGUCGCAAAGGCCCUAAAAACCUACCGAGGUUGCCUCUAUCAGCUUUCACUCCACCGAACUCCGGCACGUCCGACAAGUUUCCUUUGCCUCCCAGUCCAAGUACGGUACAUCCAGAAAGCGUGAUAGAUGCAGCAGUUGCCGUCGCUAAUGGUACGGCUGAUUUGAGCAAGUGGAAGUUUGAAGCAGGGGAUGUUCUAGGCGGCCGGACAGUUGGCAUUGUGCUGUCUCUUUCUCCUAGCCAGGCUCAAAACGCCGUCGAAAUCUCUGAAUCUGCCAAAUCAGUUACCUCUAUCGUCGCCGUUUCCUUUCCUUUCAGCUUAGACUCAGCCGAGCAUUCGCUACCUCAAUUUACAUCGCCUGUAUCGCUUCAUACCAGCUUCACCAAGCCUACGGCCAGCGGCGUCGAGAGCUUGAGAUGGGCUCUGCAACAGGGAAAACCUGUUGAUAUUGCUAUAGUGGCGCCUCUCACUGAUGCUCUUUUUGAGAACUUGGAGGACUUGCUCUCCAAGGCGAUCGAUGGCUUGUCUGUGGUACCACCUAUCAUUCUCUCAAACCUACUUCCACCCCCAGACAAUCUUGAUCUUCCAAUUGUGAAGUUGAUGAGCCAUCCUACAUACAAGGCCUUCCAAGCAAGGAUCGCAGCCUUGUCGCUCAUCCCCCAGGUCUUCAUCAAGUAUUUGCCUCCAACCUGGGACAGUCAUAUACCUGCUACCCCUUCCGCUCUGUCGCCGCAAGAACCGACUGACUCCAAGAUGAAAAAGGAAUGGAAACGCAGAAUCAAGAUGUAUCUUGGUCCGGUUAUGGAGGCCUUUGGGUAUCAACGUAUCAUCUUCGGUUCCUCCUUAGUUGGCGUAAAGGGCUUGACUGGUGCUGGGGAUUGGUAUGCAAUUUCUCGGGAAUCGUUGGCCGAGUUGGGUGUUGAGCAAGAAGCUGUCGACGCCGUAUUUUUCGGUACUGCGAAGCAAGUGUAUGGUAGCGGAACUGCUUAAAGGGUCUGUAAAAUGUAUUUCUGGCUGUGAUGUGUAGCUGCGUGUACUUUUUUUUCGAUAUUUAUUCCUAAUUUGCGAAGUCGUUUGCAUUACUGUUUCGAAUAUUUAUUAUUGGCGCGUUCAAUGCGCGUCUAAUCGCGUCCAC